AUGGCUUUCUUUGGAAAAAUGUACAAAUUGGAACGUACUGAAAACUUCGAAGAUUUCGUCCAUAGCCUAAAACUCCCGCCAGCAGAUACUCAAGCAUACAUUAAUAGCAGAUCGACACAAAAAUUAGAUAAAAAUGGUGACGAAUAUGUUAUUACAACUUUCUAUGAUGGAAAAUCCUCUGAAAUGAAAUUUAAAAGCGGCGUCGAGUUUGACGAAGUUGUCAACUCGGAAGUGAUUCCCAAGAGCACAAUAACUGUAGAAGGCAAUAAGCUUACACACGUGCAAACAUUCCAAGAUGGCAACACCAUUACCUAUGUGAGGGAAUAUUCUCCGGAAGAACUAGUCGUGACAGUCACCGCCAACUUCUGGCCCGGCACAGCUAAGAGAUUCUACAGCGCUCAAUAG